GCAAGGUUUUUAGCGAGUGUGGGAGGGAUGAUUAGCGGAGUAGGAACGGGAUGAGAUCGGGUGUGGGAAGGUGGAAUGGAGUCGGAAUGGGGUCGGGUGGCUGAAGGUUCGGAGAGGGCUCCGAAGAGAUCGGGAUGGGAUCGGGCGGUGUGGGAGGGAAAGGAAUGGGCUCGGGUAGGGUCGGAGUCAGGUGGGGUCGGAGCGGGAACAGAAGGGAUCGGAUGGAGUCAGAGUUGGAACGGGAAGAGAGCACGUGGGGGGUGGAGUGAGGUCAGAAUGGGAUCGGGUGGGGUCGGGUGGGGCGGACUGGGGUCGGAAUGGGAGCAGGGUGGGAGCGGAGUGGGAUCGGGAUGGGAGCGGAAACGGGAUCGGUAUGGGAUCGGAGCAGGAACGGGAUCGGAGCAGGAACGGGAUCGGAGCAGGAACGGGAGCGGAGUAAGAUCGGAACGGACACUGAAAGGGAUCGGGCUGGGAGUGGAACGGGAUCUGGGUGGGGAUGGCACGGGGGAUGGAACAGGCUCGGGAUGGGAACGGGAUCUGGAUGGAGAUGGAAAGGGAUCAGGAUGGGAACGGGAUCGGGAUGGGGAUGGAAAGGGCUCGGGAUGGGAACGGGAUCUGGAUGGGGAUGGAACGGGAUGGGAACGGGAUCGUGAUGGAGUGGGAUCGGGAUGGUCAGGGAGGGAGAUCAGAACGGAUUGUGGAGGGAGGGGAGUGAAAUGGACGAUCAAAAGAGGAAGUGAUCGGAUAAUGAUUGGAAGCGAGCACAACUGGGGCGUUCUGCGACGAAAUGUGGUGGAGUUUGUGAGGCUCCACAGGUGGGAGUCGAUGACACUCAGUCAUGCGAUACGUGGUUUUCGUCUCUCUGAUGUAAAGGGUUUGAUGUCACACUCUUGCAGUCAUCCGAAGACAGCCAUCAAAGGUAAGAAUAUCAUUGGCCGGAACAAGGGGAGAGGUCAGGAGGCCAGUGGUAACCCCAGACGGGCCAGUUUCAGUGUGAAGCGGCAGCGGUUGAUGGAGGAUUGGAUUUACUUCUUGUUUGCUUCAGUGGUUAUUCCUCUCAUCCGUGCUCACUUCUAUGUAACAGAGAGCGAAGGGGCCACACACAGAGUAUGCUACUUUAGGAAGCCUGUGUGGGAUAUGCUGACAAGGCUUUGGGUGGAGAAUAUGACUGCUGCAGCACCAGCAAUGCCAUUGCAUGCUGUCAACCAUCAUGGAAAUAAUAAUGACGUCAACGACAGCAAUUGCAUGUACACAAAGUUGUCUCGUUUUCAAGUGUGUGCUCUUCUACGUCGGAAGGAGAGGUUGGCGGUUGGUUUCUCAGCGGCCCGAUUAGUGCCAAAGGGCCUUGGGACGCGGGCCAUAGUCAAUUCUGGGAAAGCAAUGAGCAAGGUUUUCCAUCUUCACAAAAAGAGGGAUGUUGGAUCGAGUAAAAUGUUUGGAAGGGGAGGAUGCUCCAAGUCCACCACUAGGGGAGGGGGAAAUUGGGAGAGGGAGGUUGUGCCUCUGCGAUUCCAGCCAGUAAACUCUGUACUCCGAGAUGCACACCAUUGCUUGAAGUUUGAGCAAAGUCAGCAUGGUGAUGAAACCAGUGGCUCUGUGUUUGGAUACAAUGAUGCCUACGCGAAGCUGAGGCGUUUCGUCACAGGGCUGAAGACGCGCCCUGGGGGAUUUCCCAGCAGCCUAUAUAUUGCAGUUUGCGACAUGGCCAAUGCAUUUGAUAAUAUUGACCAAGAAAAGAUGAGGAAGAUCACAGCAGGUUUUAUCCGGGAAGAGCAUUUCAAGGUUCAAAGGUAAGGAAAUGAAUCAGAUCAGCACGC